CUUAGCAACCAGCCACUUCCGUCUUCCGGGUUCUUCUCCGAGUCAGGGCAGCUCGGAGUUGCGCUGUGUGAGGCUGCAGUACGGGCACAGCGCUUGCAUUCCGGCCUCUGCUUUCCGUGCCUCCCUGAGGGCUGCCGGGGACGCGGCGCAGCCCUCGUUCCAGUGACACAGCCCUAAGGUGAUCCAGUGAGCACAUGAGUAAUGCAAGACGACUCUUGGCUGCCUCUGUAAUUUCCGUCCAGAACUCUUGCUUCACCUACCCUGCUUGUCAAAACUGCUUGUCCAGGCUGAUCCUGGACUCCAGGAGGUUUAACUGUCUUAAAUGUGACUGCACGGGUGAAGCUGAAGAAGCAGGCUACAGAUACAGAUUGUCCCUAAAGGUUGCUGACACAAAUGAUUUGUUUGACAUUACUGUGUUUGGAAGUUGCUUAGAUCCAUUCUUUGGCAUCACUGCAGGAAAUCUGCAGAGGUGUAUUGAAGACUUUAAUCAGCUGUCAGGAGAAACAAACAAGGCUGCAUCUCCAGGAGUGUUAGUUCAAGCAGUUGAAACCUGUUUCAUUGGAAAAAGAUUUAUAUUUGGAGUGAAGGGUUAUGGAAGUGAAGAUGGAACAUGUUCUGCUGCCAGCAGCAUCUUGCAAAACUGUUCCAGAAUUAAUAGAGGUACAAAAACCUUAUAGCUUGCCAGAUCUUCCUGCCAAAUGCUGCUGUUACUGGCUUUACUGUCAUCAGCUACUUCCGUCGGCUCCUGCAGUCUGUGAAAUUCAGGAACAAUAAUAACAGCUCAUACUUACCUGAUGCAUCUUCAGCUGCGG